GUUCGCGUUAGUUUGAGGACGUCAAUUAGAAUUUUCCAUCCCCUCUCUCUCUCUCUCUCUCUCUCUCUCUCUCUAAACGGGACAUGAGCAAAGAACGCGUCACCUAACGAACUCGCUCUGGCAUCUCUGCGCUGAAAAAUGAUUCAGUUCGUGCUUCUCCUAAGUAGGCAGGGUAAAGUGAGGCUGACAAAGUGGUAUUCACCUUAUCCCCAGAAGGAGAGAACUAAGGUUAUUCGAGAGAUUAGUGGUGAAGUACUUACAAGAGGGCCCAAACUUUGCAACUUUGUCGAGUGGAGAGGAUUAAAAGUUGUUUAUAGAAGGUAUGCCAGCCUUUACUUCUGUAUGUGCAUCGACCAAGACGACAAUGAACUGGAGGUUCUUGAAAUAAUCCAUCACUAUGUGGAAACUUUAGAUCGCUACUUUGGAAGCGUGUGCGAGCUGGACUUGAUCUUCAACUUCCACAAGGCUUAUUACAUUCUGGACGAGCUACUGCUGGCUGGUGAACUUCAGGAGUCGAGCAAGAAAACUGUUGCCCGUCUUAUCGCUGGACAGGACGCUUUGGUGGAGACUGCCAAAGAGGAGGCUAACUCCAUCAGCAACAUAAUUGCUCAGGCCAGCAAAUGAGGGCACCACUCCCUCUCUCGCUCGACUUCCGAAUCUCCGACUGAUCUGGCGGCCGAGAGAAAGCUCGGAAAGGUCCCCCAGCAUCAAUUGCAAAUUUGUCAUUUGUUUCCACAUAUUUUGUCACCAUUCAUUGUUGUUAAAUUUCAUUUUCAUGUGGUGUGUUACAUAUGUUGAGACUUCUUCACAUAAUUAGUUUACAAAACGAUGCGACUCUUAUUGUGUAUUCAAUAUGAAGCAAGAAAUGCUCACUUGCAGCU